CACUCUAGUCUCUCCAUCAUGUCCAUCACGAAUCGUUGCUCAAUCACCUCCUCAUUACUUGCCCACGUUUCCCCCUCAUAGUCGCCUCCUAUUCUCGUCUUCUUCAGCACAUCCACGGCCACUCGCACCACGUCUACCGCCAUACCGCGUCAGGUUUGGUUUCUUGUGCUGCGCAAUGGCAGAGGAAAGCCAGCAGCAGCCUCGCAUAUAUGUCGCCGCCUCGGAGGCGCGCCGGCUGAUGCAAGACAUUCUUCAAGGAAAUGGCGUGCCCCCUGAGAAUGCAUCCAUCGUAGCCCGCUGUCUUGUUGCUGCCGACCUCCGCGGCGUGGACACGCACGGCAUGAAUCGCAUCCCCUCUUACAUGGAGCGCAUCCGGCAGGGCGUGCUCGCCGCCAGCGCCAGCCCGUCCGUCCAGCAGGUCACUCCCGUGGUGGCGCACGUCGACGGUCACAACGGCUUCGGCUUCGUCGCGGCGCAUGCCGGCAUGGCCGCGGCCAUCACCUCGGCUCGCACGUACGGCAUCGGUCUCGCGAGCGUCAAGCACUCGAACCACUUUGGUAUGAGCGCGUGGGCCGUCCAGCAGGCGCUCGACGCAAACAUGAUGAGCCUCGUCUUUACCAACUCGAGCCCAGCGCUGCCCGCGUGGGGCGGCAAGAGCAAGCUCAUGGGCGUUUCCCCCAUCGCCUGCGGCGCGCCCGGGAAGGGACCCAUGAAGGACUUCAUCCUCGACAUGGCACCCUCGGUGGCGGCGCGUGGCAAGAUCUACAAGGCCAAGCGCCGAGGCGAGAAGAUUCCGCUUGACUGGGCACUGGAUGCAGAGGGCCGUCCGACCGACGAUCCGGAGGCAGCGCUGGGCGGCGUUAUGCUGCCCAUGGGAGGGCCAAAGGGCUCGGCUUUGUCCAUCAUGAUGGACGUCUUCUCAGGGGUCUUGUCGGGCUCGGCAUUCGCAGGCCACGUCACGAACCCCUACGACCCGUCACGGCCGGCCGAUGUCGGCCACUUCCUCGUCGUCAUCAAGCCGGACCUGUUCAUGGACCUGGACGAGUUUCGGGAGCGGAUGCAGUACCUCUACGACAGAGUCGUGGGGUCCGACAAGGCGGCGGGCGUCGAGCGGAUAUACUUUCCCGGAGAGAUUGAGCAAUUGACACAACUGGAACGGGAGAAAACGGGCAUUCCGCUCGUCCAAGCCGAGGUUGACGCGCUGAAUGAAGAGGCUGAGAGGGUGUCUGCGAGGAGACUCGAGCCGUUGGCAUAGGCGAGUAGGAUGGGAAGCGAAAAAGAAAGGUUAGAGCAAGAUGACUGGGUGGUGCUCAAGGGGUAUAUGCCAUUUCCUCGUCUCUCCUGUGGCGUGAUCGGGCGUUCCUGACGUCCUGGCUCGUGAUGGUGGCGAUAUCGUCAUCGGGCGCGGCAGCGGCACGGAGCCGCGCAGCGAUGUCGACUAGCGCGAUGCCGUCGUUGUAUAGAGCGACUAUGUCGCCCAGUCGUGCCGUCACUGCCUCGAUGCGGUACUUUGUGUGAGCCUGCGGCGGCAAGAGAGCGUGAUUGUGGCCCGAGCCGCUGGGCAUCCGCACGAGCCACUUGUUCAAGGCCCCGUUGUAGCUGGUGAUGACGGUGAGCUUACAGCCGGUCUUUUGCGAUGUCUUUCUACACCGCCUCUUGGUCUCGUGGGUCGAGAGGACAUUGGGAUCUUGACGAAACUGCCCUGCCUUGGAGCAGCGCAGGAUGAGGUACUUGACGACGCCGGCGCCGUCCAUUUUGCUCGUGCGCGUGGCCAGGGCAAAGCCUUGCGUCUUGGCCAUGUCAUUGGCGGCAGCCUUGGCGGCUUCGAGGCUCGGAUAGGCGGUUUGCGUAAUGGACAUGUUGAAUCACUUGCUCUGACGGGGGCGACGGUGGUGCUGCGAAUAGCCUCACUUUGCCGCUUGAGUCGUGUGUGACUUUGACGCGUCGCGCUGUUGUGGGCUAUUGAGG